GGUAAACAUUUAAAUUACAAACAAAAAUAUAAACAUGAUUAAGAAGCUUUCUCCGAUAAAAAAUGGUGGUUACUCUGAUUCUUCUUGCAUUUGGCCUUGGGCAGGCUAGAUACCCAACUUUUUCAACUGAGCUAUUUCGUCCUAUACCAGACGGAAGUGCAAAAAUAUCAGUGAACCAAUACCCAGGUGUGACACAUCCAUUUUACCCUCCAAAACACAAAAAACAUCCACCACCAGAAUAUCAUAGUGUGAAGAUGUCAGCAAAUUAGUAUAAACUAUAUAUCCAUACAUAUAUUUUUUCCUUCGGGUUAUAAAUAUUGCACCUCUUAAACUCAUAUGUUUUCUAAUUAAAAUAAAUAUAAUAACAUGACAAUGUAAAAAUUGUUUGGUAUUA